UUCCUUGAGAAUGGGUUUCAACGACUCCGGUGAACCUGCGGCAGCUGUUUCUAUAAGACUGAACUGCUUUUGUGAGUAAACUCCUCCUCCUCUGAGAUAACUACAAGUUCAGAGUACACGUGACCCAGUUGAAGAGAUGUGUGCUGUUAUUACAUCAAAUUCAUCGUUGCACUAGUGUACCCUCUGUGGAUGAAGCAAGUGUAAAAGCUGCCAGCACGUUAGUUUUGUAAAUACAGGCAGAAUGUCUGUUGAGUCCCAAGACAUAAUUAUCAUCGGAGGAGGUUUAUCGGGGCUUUCUGCUGCCAAGUUGCUAAGUGAGUCGGGGCUAAAUGUGCUGGUACUAGAAGCCCGAGAUAGGGUUGGGGGAAGGACCUACACUAUCCAAGGCCCCGUGUUUCAAUAUGUUGAUCUUGGAGGUGCCUAUGUUGGGCCCACACAGAAUCGAAUCCUACGACUUACCAAGGAGCUAGGGAUUCAAACCUACCUUGUAAAUGAAAAGGAGGCACUAAUUCAUCAUGUGAAGGGCAAGUCAUACCCAUUCCAUGGGUCGUUCCCUCCUGUUUGGAAUCCUUUUGCCUACUUGGAUUACAACAAUCUUUGGAGAACCCUGGAUAAAAUGGGAAAUGAGAUCCCGGCUGAUGCUCCUUGGAAAGCACCUCAUGCAGAAGAGUGGGAUGACCUCACCAUGAAACAGCUGAUAGAUAGCUUGUGCUGGACACAGACUGCCAAAAGCUUUGCACAGUUGUUUGUCAAUGUGAACGUAACUUCUGAGCCCCAUGAAGUAUCAGCUCUGUGGUUUCUCUGGUACAUCAAACAAUGUGGAGGGACAAUGAGGAUUUUUUCUACAACCAAUGGUGGCCAGGAAAGGAAGUUUGUAGGAGGAGCAGGAAAGAUAAGUGAGUACCUAGAAAAAAGGCUGAAGGACCAUGUGAAGUUGAAUAAACCGGUCGUGAAAAUUUGCCAAACUGAUACGUAUGUUAGUGUGGAGACCCUGGACAGAGAAAAAUACAAGUGCGCUUAUGUUAUAUGUGCUGUGCCUCCAGCUCUCACCCUGAAUAUGCACUAUGACCCCCCACUGCCACCCAUACGUAACCAGCUUAUCCAUCGUGUACCGAUGGGGUCAAUCAUCAAGUGUAUGAUGUACUACAAGCAUGCCUUCUGGAGAGAGAAAGGUUUCUGUGGCACUAUGAUGAUAGAAGAUGAAGAGUCUCCCAUCUCACUCACACUGGAUGACACUAAACCUGAUGGCUCAUGCCCAGCUAUCAUGGGGUUUAUCUUAGCCAGAAAGGCAAGGCGUCUUGUCAAUCUAACCAAACAGGAGAGGAAAGCAUACAUAUGUCAGAUUUAUGCCAGAGUCCUGGGCACAGAAGAGGCACUAAAUGCUAUUCACUAUGAAGAAAAAGACUGGUGUGGUGAGCAAUAUUCCGGAGGCUGUUACACUGCCUACUUCCCUCCAGGAACGUUCUUCCAGUUUAGCAGAGUUCUACGAGAGCCAUUUGGAAGGUUAUACUUUGCUGGCACAGAAACGGCCACAAAAUGGAGUGGCUACAUGGAUGGAGCUGUCGAGGCUGGAGAGAGGGCUGCCCGAGAGGUGCUAUGUGCAAUGGGCAGGAUCACAGAAUCAGAAGUCUGGAAAGAGGAGCCUGAAUCCCAGGAUGUUCCGUCUCUUCCAAUCACAAGAAGUUUCUGGGAGAAUCACCUGCCUUCAGUUCCUGGAUUCUUGACCAUUCUUGGUUUGUCGACUGUUCUGGCCGCUCUCACCACUGCCGGCACCUUCCUUUCUAAAAAAGGCUUGCCUCUCAAAUGUUUUUAAUGUUGUCUUUUUUUGGUGGGGGGGGGGGGGUGUUAUUUGAAGGACUUGUGUUACAGUGAGUAAAUGUGAAUUUCUUGAGGACAGCAUAUUCCUUACUGUCAGUCAGAGAAAGUGUGAGCCUAACAACCAGGAAUGAUAGGUAAUAAAAAAAAAAAAACAUGAAAGUAAAUGUAGAAUGUGUGCUGUAUAUACAAAGUGUACUUUACCAAGAGGCAGCAGGACAGGUGUCUUCUUUUCACAGAGAUUAUGCUUAAACCAACAAGGAAAGUAGAACCAAUUACUGCGUACAUUAUACUGUUUCACACAUGCACAAAAACAAUGACUACCUAGUGAUCUUGGAAUUCUAGAAUACUCCCUACCACUGGAGAACUGUUACCCAAUAGUGGUUGUACCAUAGUGCUGGUGUGGUGAGACUUUUCUUCUAUCAUUCCUUUUUGUUAGCACAACUCUUGUGCCACUGGAGGGAAUGUUUGCCACAGAAAGAAAUACUUAAAGAGCAUGUGACAAGAUUACCCUCAUAACAUUGUGCAUUUAGUUACUUCACCUGCAGAUUGCAGAAAGAAAACUCCCAUGAUUUACAAGAAAAAGAGUGCAGAAAACUAUAAUGGCAGAUACAGUCAUUCCCCUGCAUAAGUGUGGAUCUUCCACAGACCCAAGCAAUUCAGUGUCAGUCAGGACACUGGGAACCUCCAAACACUGGACCCAUCUCAGUUUGGAUUUGUCAAGGGCAGG